AUGCGGACUUCAAUCGAGACCCUCGUACUCUACGCGUUGGUGUAUAGCGCUGUAGCUUUCGCGGAGUCGCCGCCACAGCAGCCGCUUGUCCAUACUGAUAAUGGAGGAUCCACUGACAGACUGCCGUUUUCGAUAUCAGCCCUUGAGGACUACAUCGAGGAAGCGAUGGAGAGAUGGCACGCACCCGGCAUGGCGGUCGCGAUAAUCAACGGCAAUGACACUUGGGCCAAAGGAUUCGGCUAUGCCACAUUCCCAUCGACACCAGUGACGCCGCACACACUCUUCUAUGCCGGCAGCACCACCAAGUCCUUCACCGCGGCGGCCCUGUCACUGCUCGUAGACGACUCAUCAGACUACUCCUCGGUGAAAUGGACGACGCCAAUCUCGCAGCUUCUGCGCGAGGACUUUGUCCUGAGCGACGACUGGGCGACAGCACACAUCACAAUCGAGGACGCCCUCUCCCACCGGACGGGCUACCCCAGGCACGACCUCUCCAUCGGCAACGACACGCGGGAGCUGGUUCGUAGCUUACGCAACCUCCCCAUGUCCACCGAACCACGCACCACCUUUCAGUAUAACAAUAUGAUGUGGGCCACGGCGGGCUACCUCGUCACGAAGCUAACGGGCCUCGACCUCGGCGAGUUCUUCCACAGGUAUCUGUGGGGACCCAUGGAGAUGAACGAGACUUUCCUCGGUGAAUGGGACCCGUUGUUUGAGUCUCACGGCUCUGAGCUUGCUGAUGGGUAUUGGUGGGUCAACAGCACCAGCGAGUAUGUCAAGCAGCCACGGGAGAGCACCAGCUUUAUGGUCCUGGCCGAUGAGGGUGCCGGUGCUGUCCUCUCCAGCGUUCUGGACUACACGAAGUACCUGCGCGUGAUGAUGAACGAGGCCGAGCCGAUCUCGAAGGCAGGUCACCGUGAGCUAAAAGCCCCGAGAACGUUCCACAACUUUCACCAGGACUUGUUCGUGGCUCCCGUGACCUAUGGGCUGGGUUGGAUGUCGGGGGUAUUCGAAGGCCACCAAGUAUUCUACCACACAGGGACAGUGUCUCCUUUUGUGACAUUCAUGGUCAUGGUACCUUCCAAGAACUAUGGCAUAGUUGUUAUGUCAAACGGGUUGUCGCAUGUCAGAGAACUCGUUACGUAUCGGAUACUUUACGACCUCUUCGGCGUGGAGGGGAGUAGACGGCCAGACUUUGAGUCUCAGUUCGAAAAGGCGGAUGCUCUCGAAGCACAGGACCUUGCGACAUGCCCUGAGCGACUCUACCCCGACGUGCCACAACCGCCUACACCAGCGUCAGCUCCACUGGCGAAUCACACGGGCCACUACCGCCACGUGGCAUACGGUAACGUUUUUGUCAGCCUGCAUUGCGAUGAUACAGUUCCUGCGAACCAGUCCUCGGGAGGUAUGGAGACCGGUUCUUGCAGACUGCGGAUGUCUAGGGGGCGAGAGAGCCAAUUCCGCGUAGCCGGGAACCUGGAGCACAAGACUGGUGAUUUCUGGCUUACUUACGGGUUCCUCGAGGAAGUACCUGAAGUGAUUCAAGCUUGCCUUCGGGUUCAAUUCAAGGUGGAUUCACGUGGUAUUGUAACGCACAUUGCGGUUGACUUGCGCUUGGAAGGAGAGGACAGCCCGUUGGUAUGGUUCGAGAGAGUCGGAUGA